CGUCCAAUAUGAGGAUCAGACCAGCUGUCAGUGAGUGGUAACUACCACUGCCAGUGGGAAUAUGCAAUUUUGCUGAUUCUAAAUACAUGAAGUUGAUGGAAGUGUGUACAAUAUAGGCCUACUUGAUAAAUCUAUCCACUUUAAAUCAGUAUAAUUGUAAUUAAAGUAAGAACAGAUGUGACAGCCCAGGAACAGCUGCUCAUGGACAGACUGGGAAUUAUUGUGAAAGUGUUUGAUUUUCGGAAUGGAAUAGUACACAAACUCUGUGAUGAGAGAUGUUCAGCCGGUAGAAAGUUGGAAUGUGAAUUUUGUCACAUGGUCGUUUACCAUUGUGUUUAGGUGUUAUUAAAGGAGCGAUCUGAAGCAUGCGACAAUCGUGGAUGUAGGCCUACUUGUGAUUUCAAACGAUUUCAGGUGAUUAGACUUAUGAUCCAGGAUAAUUAGGACUGACUGAAGUUUCACCACUGCCCCAGAGAAAGUGUACAAUGGGGUCUGUGUCUGGCAAAAACAGGAGCGAUACGCCCAUGGAUGUACCUUCAAAUUACUCACAAGGAGAAGCGGACAACAAUUUCUCCGUUAAGAACUCGGAAGAGAGAGCAGGGGCUCGUGAGCAUGAAAAGAAGACUGAAGUUCAGGAGACGGGGGACAAUGGGGGAGGACUGAAAAUGCCGACAGCCAUGGUGUUCGUGGUGGGAGAGAUGGCUGGGAGCGGGGUCCUGGCGCUGCCCAAAGCCGUUGACAGUUUAGGUUGGAUUGGUCUUGUCCUGAUUGUAGUCUGUUGCCUCCUAGCGGCCUAUACUGGAGCUAUAUUGGGAAAAUGUUGGGUGAUUCUUCGAGAGGUCUACCCUGAAUACAGAAACCACACCAGGUAUCCGUAUCCAUCCAUUGGGUACAGAACGUACGGCAAAGUUGGCAGAUACUUAGUGUCGAUUAGUAUGAAUGCUACCUUAUUUGGCGUGGCGGUAGUUUUCAUCUUAAUGGCGUCCGAAAUAAUUCAGCAACUCCUGCACGACCUCCACGUCCACGUCUCCUUCUGUUACUGGAUGAUUAUCAUCGUGGGGGUCCUCACGCCCUUCACGUGGUUAGGAAGCCCCAAAGAUAUGUGGCCAGUUGCGAUCGGUGCGCUGGCGACCACAGCCUUUGCAUGUAUCAUCAUUGUGGUGAAGACAGUCUCGUUUAAGGACGAAAUAAAUGUAUACCACGGGCCAAUCCAAGUUAAACCAGCCCUUCUCUCGUUAGGAACCAUCUUCUAUGCAUUUGGCAAUCAUCCGAUCUUCCCCACAAUCCAGCAUGACAUGGUGGAGCCAAGUAGUUUCACAAAGACAGUUUUUGCAGCGUUUUUCUGCGUAUUAUGUAUGUACUUACCGGUGACCGCGGCAGGAUAUGUCGUCUUCGGCAGCACUGUGGACGAGAACUUGCUGACAUCGAUAUACAAUGUAGCGAAUGGACCAGCCCUUUAUGUGGUCCAGACUCUUAUCGUCUGCCAUCUAAUGUUUGGUUACGUGAUAGUCAUAAAUCCCAUUAGCCAGGAAUUUGAAGAAGCGCUUAAUAUACCUCACUCCUUCAGUUGGAAACGAAUCCUCUGUCGGACGAGUAUCACCUUGGUGACGUUGUUUAUAGCGGAGAGCAUCCCAAAGUUUGGCAACCUCCUGGGCCUAAUUGGGGGAACAACAACUGCCUUGCUGGCCUUUUUCUGCCCGGUGUUCUUUUAUAACAAGCUCUCUGAUACUAUAAAAAGGCCAAUCUCUCUCCACCAGCGAGUGUUCCACUAUGAGAUUAUGGUAAUAGCCGUCCUCGUUGGAAUAUCAGCGACGUACGCCGCGAUCGAAGGAAUAGUCAGUCCUGAUUCCUUUGUGCCGCCGUGCUAUGUUGAUAUCAACGCUGCAGAGGGGCACUAGUGUACAAGUGACGACAAGGGCUUCAUCAAGGACCAGGAAUGACUUUUAGGUGAGGCCAAUAUUGCCAACACUUAGCCACUGAACCGACAGUUACCGAUACUAAAUGAGCCAACGUUGGUUUGACGCAAAUUGAGCGUUAAGGCCCGAUUCCACUUGGACAUCUUUCCGCAGCAACAAACCCACUCCGCCAUAAUGGGUGGAUGGUACAUGUAGUUCUAUAAAGGUUUGUCGGUGGGGAAAAUGGAGGUAUGCAUCAAAGAUACCGAUCACCUCAGCCGAUAAUUUGAAUUCCCGAUAUUACCCUCUGGGGCGAGCAUAGUUUUCCCCCGCUGGCAAAACCAUUGUUGAAAAGGUUGAGAGUAACUUUUGUCCAUCAUUUGGCUUGUAUAAUCAAUCAUGAAUGUACUUUUGUAACAAUAAAAAGGAUACUUUUGA